UCAAUUUUACGGUUAGUUCCAUUAUUGUACUGACAACAUCACACAAAGCCGAUAACAUGAAAACUGCAGUAUUCAGUCUUAUAGUUAUUCUUGCAACCAACACGUAUUGUCUUCUACUAACAAAACCAGAAAAUGUUCAAGAAACAACCAAUGAUGGGGUUUUUCUAAGGAAAUUACAAACGAUAAUUCAUAGUGGAACGGAUAAAGAAGCAACAUCUUUGUCGUGGAGUGAAAUUUUUGCUGAUAUAUUAGUGAAUAAAAUUGGUCUAUCUAAAAUUCUACCAAAAGAAAAUGAACAAGUUGCAGAAAAUAAUAGUACACAAGAUAAUUUCUUUACUAAGAUAUGCAGUGUCGUACUAAAUGUAUAUAAACAUUUUGUAUACGACAAAUUCUCUCAACAACCAGCCGAAGAUAUACCAACUUCAACCAGUAAACUUGUAGUUACCGAAAACAAUAUUGAAUUACAAGAAAUAGAAUCAAAUACUCCGGGAGUUAAUGAUUUCGAUGUGAUCACAAUUAAUCCAGACGUGGAAAUAAUUGAACCUAAAUAUCAUGGGAAAUUAUGUAGUGGUUGUGAUACUCAAAAUAUUGAAAAGAAAGAAGUGACGUCAAAAAGUUGUCCAGAAAAUCUUGUUAAAGAUGCUGAAGGAAACUGUGUGGAUCCUAAAUCAUUGAAUUAUAUGAUAUCUAUUCCUUACCAAUGUCCGAUUGGCUAUAGGCUUACUUGGUCUGGAUAUUGCAGGCCAAUAUUUUAAAAUGCUACGUAAACUAAUUUUAAUGUCAUUGCUCAU